GAAUAUUUACGGAAAUUCGGUUAUUUAUCCGGAGCCAGCAAGGAAACGGGGAACCUCAUGGAUAUGAAGGAUCUGUCGGAGGGGAUCAAACGACUGCAGCGCCUCGGACGGAUCCCCCAGACAGGUGUGAUGGACAGGCGCACACAAGAACUGAUGCAGAAACCACGGUGCGGUGUGAAUGAUAACAAAAUAGUGUUUGGUCACAGAAAGAAAAGAUAUACGCUGGCACCAAGUAAAUGGGAGAAAAAAGAUCUAACUUUUAGGUUAUAUAAUUAUUCACCUGAUAUGCCAAUGCAUGAUAUCCGAAACAUCAUCUACGGAGCGUUUCAGGUGUGGAGUGACGUCACCAAGUUGACGUUUAAAGAAAAGAUGCACGGGGAUGCUGAUAUUAUGAUUCAGUUUGCCAGUAAAUAUCAUCAAGAUGGUUAUCCUUUUGAUGGAAAAGGUAUGAUUCUGGCCCAUGCUUUCUUUCCUGGCACUGGUCGCGGUGGUGAUACACAUUUUGAUGAUGAUGAACGGUGGACGUACAACUCGUCUGAAGGAGUGAAUCUGUUUAUGGUGGCAGCUCACGAGUUUGGGCAUGCUCUAGGUCUCGCCCACAGCAGUGAACCCGGAGCUCUCAUGUAUCCAUGGUACCAGGGCUUCCAGACUAAAUUUGCCCUCCCUAGAGAUGAUGUCGCUGGUAUCCAGACUUUAUAUGGUGCCGAGUUACCAGAUCUACCCCCUACUAAACCUACACAACCUCCGAGAUCAGAUGAUGGUUAUACCGUUAACCCUACAGACAGAUACCCUACUGGAGACCCACCAGAUCCCUGUACCAAACCAUUUGAUGCUAUCACUGUCAUCAGAACUGAAAUCUUUUUAUUCAUCGGCAACUGGUUUUGGCGAUUAGACUCGAGAAAUAUCAUCAAGGAUCCUAUUAAUCUUCAUAAAUUUUGGUAUGGAUUCCCCAGCAAUCUGACACAUAUUGAUGCCGUGUACGAACGACCAACAGAUGGCAAGAUUGUCUUCUUUUCUGGUGAUCGUUACUGGAUAUUCAACGCUAAUUACUUAGUGACGUCAUUUCCGACGAAGGGUCGCCCAAUCACAGAUUUUGGAAUCCCACCGGACGUGAAGAAGAUUGAUACAGUAUAUGUGUGGGGUUUUAACAACAGAACGUAUUUAGUGAGUGGAGAUAUGUAUUGGAAACUAGACGCUAAUAAUACCUAUGUCGAGUAUGACUACCCCAGGGAUAUGAGUAUAUGGAUGGGAGUUCCAGUCCCUGUCGACGCUGCUUUUAGGCAUUGGAAUGGAAAAACGUAUUUCUUAAGCGGACCAAACUACUGGGAGUUUUACGAUCUGAAGAUGACCGUACGACCAGGCUACCCGAAAUCCAUCGCUAAAGAUUGGUUAAAAUGUAAAAAUACU